UCUUGGGUGUUUGCGAAUUCCAAAUUGGCUCGUAAGGCGGUGGAAAUGGAUGACAUGUGUCAUCGCUACGAGCGGGUCACGUCUGUUCUGCGACAGGCCCUGAAUGCGAUUCUAUCGAAUCCCGAUCGGCCGAGAAACUGCCUUGUGUCUCAGCUUGUCGACAACGAAGAAGGCGAACUUACUCGUGAGUCACGACUUUUAUCGAUAAUCGAUAAAAAUGAUUAA